UGUACAGUCAGGGCUUCAGCUGGGCAGGGCCAGCUGUUAAUCCUCCAGGCGGACACCGGGGCGGGGGGGGGGACAUGCGGCAUAUAGGUGACGUCCGCUGGUGAGAAACACUUAGCGCAGGUAAAAGGGUGGAGGCGAGAGGGAGUUCCCACCUGUUGCGUUCUUAAAGAAAUGAAGACUUAAGAAAAUACCAAGGAGGGGCCGAUCGGUGUCUUUCGGACGCGCCUGGAGCCCCACCCUCGGCCAGAGGAAAAGCCCCUUGGGUGAGAGGCAGGAGCUUCAGAGAAAUCGAGAAGAAAAGCGCCUCUCCUCGCGCUCCACCUCCUCUGCUCGCACUCCUCCUGCGCGCCGGCCCAGCCUGCACCGGCCGCGGCCCGUGUCUCCGCCGAGCCCUCGCAUCCCGGCCUCCGGGUGCCUCGGCCGGCGACCUGUCCCCGAGUCCUCCCAUGGCGGCAGCCCGACCCACAAGCUCCCCGAGCGGAGCCCUCUGCCGGCAACUCCUACUGACCCUCACGAUCUUAACAUUUGCCUGUGAUGCCUGCAAAAAAGUGACGCUACAUGUUCCCUCCAAACUAGACGCUGAGAAAUUUGUUGGUAGAGUUAACCUGAAGGAGUGCUUUAAAUCUGCAAAUCUAAUUCAUUCAAGUGAUCCUGAUUUCCAAAUUUUAGAAGAUGGUUCAGUCUAUACAACAAAUGCUAUUCUUUUGUCCUCGGAGAAGAGAAAUUUUACCAUAUUACUUUCCAACACUGAGAACCAAGAAGAGAAGAAAAUAUUUGUUCUUUUAGAGCAUCAAACAAAGGUACUAAAGAAAAGGCAUUCUAAGGAAAAAGUUCUAAGACGUGCCAAGAGAAGAUGGGCUCCUAUUCCUUGUUCAGUGAUGGAGAAUUCCUUGGGUCCUUUCCCACUUUUUCUGCAACAGAUUCAAUCUGACACGGCACAAAACUACACUAUCUACUAUUCCAUAAGAGGGCCUGGAGUUGACCGAGAACCUAAAAAUUUAUUUUAUGUGGAGAGAGAUAGUGGAAACCUGUUUUGUACUCGUCCUGUGGAUCGUGAGGAGUAUGAAUCUUUUGAGCUAAUUGCCUUUGCAACAACUCCGGAUGGAUAUACUCCAGAACUUCCACUGCCCCUAGUAAUCAAAAUUGAGGAUGAAAAUGAUAACUACCCAAUUUUUACAGAAAAAACUUACAUUUUUAAAGUAGCUGAAAACAGCAGAGUUGGUUCUACUGUGGGACAGGUAUGUGCAACUGACAAAGAUGAACCUGACACGAUGCACACGCGUCUGAAGUAUUCUAUCCUCGCGCAGUUGCCAGCAUCACCCACGCUGUUUUCUAUGCAUCCAACUACAGGCGUGAUCACCACAUCAUCCUCUCAGCUAGACAGAGAGUUAAUUGAUAAAUACCAGUUGAAAAUAAAAGUACAAGACAUGGAUGGUCAAUAUUUUGGUUUACAGACAACUUCAACUUGCAUCAUUCAUAUUGAAGAUGUGAAUGACAACUUGCCAACAUUUACGCGUACUUCUUAUGUGACAUCAGUGGAAGAAAAUACCAUUAAUGUGGAAAUCUUACGUGUUACCGUUGAAGAUAAGGAUUUAAUAAAUACUGCUAAUUGGAGAGCUAAUUAUACUAUUUUAAAGGGCAAUGAAAAUGGAAAUUUUAAAAUUGUAACAGAUCCCAAAACCAAUGAAGGAAUUCUGUGUGUGGUUAAGUCGCUGAAUUAUGAAGAAAGACAACAGGUGAACCUGCAAAUUGGUGUCACUAAUGAAGCUCCGUAUUCCAGAGAAGUUAGUUCAAGAUCAGCCAUGAGCACAGCGGCCGUUACUGUUAAUGUGAAAAAUCAGGAUGAGGGCCCCGAGUGUAGCCCAGCGUUGCAAACUGUUCGAAUUAAAGAAAAUGUACCAGUGAGAACAACGAGCAAUGGAUAUAAAGCAUACGACCCAGAAACAAGUAGCAGCAGUGGCAUAAGGUAUAAGAAGUUAAAAGAUCCAAAAGAAUGGAUCACUGUUGAUGAAAACUCAGGAUCAAUCACAAUUAUCAAGAGCCUGGAUAGAGAGGCAGAGAACAUCAAAAAUGGCAUAUAUAAUGUCACAGUGCUGGCAACAGAUGAAGUUGGGAGAACAUGUACUGGGACACUGGGGAUUAUACUUGAAGACGUGAAUGAUAAUGGUCCAUCCAUACCUAAAGAGACAGUGAUAAUCUGCAAAACUGUCAUGUCGUCUACGGAGAUUGUUGCCGUUGAUCCUGAUGAGCCGAUAAACGGCCCACCCUUUGACUUCAGCUUGGAUAGUGCUUCUGAUUCAGAUGUACAGAGAACGUGGAGACUGACAAAAAUUAAUGGUACAGCGGCACGCCUUUCCUAUCAGAAUGACCCUCCAUUUGGAUCAUAUAUAGUACCUAUCAAAGUUACAGAUAGACUUGGCCAGUCACUUGUCACUCCAUUAAAAGUUAUUUUAUGUGACUGUGUUACCGAAAAUGACUGCACCUCUCGCAUAAGUCCAAGGACUGGCAACGGAGAAGUAAAACUUGGAACGUGGGCCAUCCUUGCCAUAUUGUUGGGCAUAGCAUUGCUAUUUUGUAUCCUGUUUACCUUAGUCUGUGGGGUUUCUCAGGCAGCCAAGCAGCCAAAAGUAUUUCCCGAUGAUUUAGCCCAGCAGAACCUCAUUGUGUCCAACACUGAAGCUCCCGGAGAUGACAAAGUGUAUUGCACAGACGGCUUUACGACACAUAUUGUGGGCAGUUCGACUCAGGGAGUCUGUGGCACUGUGGGAUCAGGAGUGAAAACUGGAGGGCAGGAGACCAUUGAACUGGUGAAAGGAGGGCACCAGACCUUGGAAAUGUCCCAGGGGGCCGGACAUCAUCACACUUUGGAAUCGUCUAGGGGAGGUGGACAGCACACCCUGGAUUCCGGCCGGGGAGGACACGUGGAGACGGACAACUGCAGAUACACGUACUCGGAGUGGCAUAAUUACACUCAGUCCCAUCUUGGUGAAGAACCCAUUAGAGGACACACACUGAUUAAAAAUUAAACAAUGAAAGAAGGUGCAGCUGUGUAAUCAGGACGACAAUCACAAGCAUGCUCAAGACUACGUCCUUACGUAUAACUAUGAAGGAAAAGGAUCGGUGGCUGGCUCUGUAGGUUGUUGCAGUGAACAACAAGAAGAAGAUGGGCUUGAAUUUUUGGAUCAUUUGGAACCCAAGUUUAAGACACUAGCAGAAGCAUGCAUAAAGAGAUGAUUGUGUUCUAACACGUCUAUAAAAGCCAAUGGCUUUAUCACCUUUUUUUUUUAAUUUUCAGUUUUUAAAAAUAGAAGAUGCUUUGUUUGGGACUUUUCCCCCAUUAUUUUGAUGGGAUCUCUUUAGCCAAAUGCACAUUUACAGAAAGAUGCUGUAAAUAAGAACACAAAUUUCACAGUUUUUACAUAGUUUUUAGUUACUUGUCUUCCACUCAAGGGGACCUACAGAUAGAAAAAUUAAGGAAGUCUGCAUUAUUGUUUACAUUUGGGUAUAAUGACAGCAGCGAAUUUAUAGUGCAAUAAAAUGUAAUUAAUUCAAGUCUAUUUCAUAGACUACUUGAAGUUAAUCUGAUAGAAAAUUGUAGAGAUCUUGCUUUAAUAUUAUAUUCAGUUAGCUAAUUAAUUAAUUGUUUGUAUGGUGCUUGAAAACUGUUGUUCUCCUAAAUAUUAUAAAGUGUGUACAUUACAUUAUUAUUGUUUUAUUCUUAUAACAUGACCUUUCUUCAUGAUGCAAAGGGAGAGUCCCAAUCAGGCAUUGACUGUUAUUACAAUUCCAUUUUGGUGGAGUUUAGUUUCUAGGUUUUAUUCUGU